UGCAUGAAAACUCGAUGAUCUCGUUUUGCGCCGUCAUAAUUAGUUCAGAGCCUCAGCUGCAGCAUGCUCUGCACAUGGAUGUGCGCAUGUGUUGUUGGCACGCGCCGUUGUUGGUUUUGUGCUUGCGGUCGCGUUUCCCGUUCAAAUUUGUCGCAGCAGCAGCAAACUCAACGAGCAUUUUGCAAGGGAAGAGCCAGUCAGCAGAGGAUGCAAGGGCCGUCUAUUGUAUGAUCGAGAGGGCGCCUUCUCUGGCAUGCCUUCGCUUCCUGCGGGCGAUCGUCAGCUCGCCGCCUGCUGGAGCUGCCGCCGUGUCAAAAUCAAGAUGUCGGCGAAUGCAUGCGCAUACAGAAUCGACCGUUUCCUCGGUCUGGCCUCUAUUUCGUAAAGCUCUACAGGCAGCAUCUACGACGUCUAGCCGCAAGAUACCGACAGCGACGAAAAAAGCGGCGCCUUUGGCGAAUGACAAGCUACUUGACAUCAAACAUUGGUCAGCAGACGAAUACCUCAGUGCCCUGACAGCAGCCAAGUAUCGAAAACGCUGGGCUACCAUCGUACACUUGUACAAGCAAAGCCUUGUGCAUGAUGUACCAUUGAACGAAUGGUCAUUUGACCUCUAUUGCCGUGCAGAGGCGUAUCAGGGGAACGCAGCCCUCUUAAGACAGCUUGCGCUGGACUUGGUGGACUCGCCUGCAUCUGCGUCCACAUGGCGCAUCAAUACCAUCAUCCAUGGACUCGUCUUGUGUGGUGAUGUCGCGACAGCCAUCGAUACUGUUGGCGAGCUACUUCAACUAAACAGCGACAAGCUAGAUACCUCGACAUUCAAUGUGUUACUCAAAGGCGCUCGCCUCGGUAGUGUCGACAGUGACUUACUCAACCAAGCUGAAGAUAUGCGUGCUCAAGUCGAGGUUGGAAAGGACAUCAUUAGCUACAACACACUCAUCAGUGCAUACCUCAAGCUGGGAAAUAGAAAAAAGGCAUGUACAUACCUGGAUCGAGUGCUUUCCAAUGGGCUUGCCACAGAAAGCUCAUUUGGCCCCUUUAUUCACGAUGCCCUGCAGCAGCACGACUGGCAGGAAGCUCAAAACUGGUUACAGCGUAUGCGUGAUCUCGAAAUUCCGCGGUCCAUCAAGACCUAUCUGCCAUUUCUGGUCAGCGCAUGCAAGCAAUCCGACUGGGACAAGCUUUCUGAGACGCUGUACACGAUUUUCGAGGAAGAAAAAUUGCUCCUGAACACGGCGAUUCUCAAUGUACUACUGCACGCUAUCCUGAAGCAGCGCGACUAUGAACGUAUACCUGACUUGAUGGCUUGUUUUGACGACACGAUCUGCCCAGAUGAGAGUACUGCGGUCGCCAUCCGUGCACAUAUUCGCGAGCUUGAACAGGCAGCGCAUGAGACAGUACCUGACCGCGUCGCCGCUAGCCUCCUCAGGUCUGCAGAGUCUUGGGAGAUCCCCAUGGCGACGAGUAUGCGUGGCAGGGAUCGAUUUGCUCGACAACGGGAUGAAAUCAAAGCAUUCAUUGGCGAGGGAGACUUCAGGAGUGCCGCUGUUGCGCUGAAUUCCGUUCGACGACGUGGCGUGCGUCCUCCCCUGUCGCUUCUCUAUGCCAUCUUCCAUGGCCUUGUUCAAAAACGACGCUUCAAGUACGCACGCGAGAUUUAUGCGUACAUGACUACAUUGCCAGGCCAAACGUCAGAGAAGACUCAUACAUCCUUGUUCGCUCUACUUCAGGGUACAGGCCCUCAACUAGAGCGCGAGGUGGAGCAGUUACUCCAAGCAUGCAUCGUGUUUGAUGAUCGGCCGGGUACUCAGCUAUACACAGCGGCUGCAGUGAAGCUUUAUCGAGAUGGCCAGUUCUUUGCUGCCAUUCGCCUACUGAGAAACGCAGUGGUUGCAUCAACGGGAUUAUUGCUCGAUGUGGUCGCUUGCCUCGUGCUUGUGCAAUGCUAUUCGAAACUCAAGGAUAUCGCUGGUAUGAUAUGGUGUCUUGAACAGAUGAAGAGUAACAAGUGCAUAUUGGAUACAAAGGCACGCAGACGUGUUAGAAGGAUGAUUGAUGAGGUGGAUGAGGGUGAACAGGGCCAAGAUCGCGAGGGCGUGCAGCAGGCUCUGCAACUCCUAAGCGAAGUACCUGCUCAGGGUCGUACACUCGAGCGAGAUGUCAUGAGACUUGCUGAAGGAUUGGCAAAGCAUGAAAAAGCAUAAUUUAGCAUAAUUUAGCAUAAUAUAGAUGAUGAUGUAAGCAUCGAUCGCAUGAAAUGCGAUUGAUCUGCUGAAUCCUUCACAACACACUUGACAAUGCAGGUACUAUAGUUGAUGGCUCGCUUCUACACAUUCGCUGACCGUUGACUAGCUCUUCCG